UCAGGCGGUACUUAAAUAUUAAAGGCUCUAGGGAAGCACUCCAUUGUUUGCCCUCCAUUUCAGAGAGGCAGUUGUUGUUGGUUGGUUGAGAGAGAGAGAGAGAGAGAGAGAGAGCAACGACAACAAAGACAGUGCCAGUGCUGCUGGGAACUUCAGGGAAAGCAAGAGAAGGUGCACUCAAGUGUUAAACUACCUGACAAAGGAUGUGAAGCAUGAAGAAACCAAGACAGAGUCGACUGUAAAAUGUUAACAGAAGUUGGACUUUUUCGUACAAUAAACAUGGAUGGAACUGCGAACGGUACAGAAGAACCUCAGGAGACCAACGACGUACAGAAUAGACCAGAGAAAGAAGAGGACAGGAUCUCGGAUAAGGAUGGGCCUGUGUCCGAGGCUCCUGUCGAGGGUGAUGUGGAGACUGUGGCACAGAACUCCAGAGACAGCCGUAAACUGGACUGCAUCAUUUGCUACAGUGCGUAUAACCUGGGAGAGAGACUCCCUCGGAAACUCUACUGCGGUCACACGUUCUGCCAGGCCUGUCUGAAGCGGCUGCCCACCCUCCUCAAUGAGCAGAUGUGGAUCCCCUGUCCACAGUGCAGACAGAACACUCCUGUACCUCGUGGGGGCGCUACUGGAUUAGACCUAGACCUGGCAGCGUUUCUGGGUGUUAAAGCUGAAGUGGAAAACCAGCGAACGUACAGCCAGAAAGCUCCGCUGGAGACCAAAACCUCCUUUGUAAAGCAGCCAAUCACAGAUCAACCCCCUUCAGCCUGGGCCAAUAUCGCCCUGACGGACCAUGGUUUCCGCAGAGGCCCUUGCUGUAGGCACUGCCUGCUCUGCUGCUGGUGGUGCUAGAUUCAUUUUCACACUCAUAUCCAUCUCUUUCUGCUUAAUGGAUGGUGCAUAGACUGAACUCCAUGACUGUGAGAUUACAGAAUGUCUUGAGCAGAAUUAUUAUGAUGGGUUUUUUU